AGCUGCGCAGCUAACAUCCGGGGGUCUUUCACUGCACAACGUAUCCUUUCAAAACCGGAAGUCAAACGACUCCUACUUCAUCUAAAUUCAUUCCGUUUAUUCUUGUGUAUUUCAAGUGGGAAGAUGCUGUCUAUGUUCAAGUCCAUUCCAACGCAUAUGGAUUACAAAGGCCAGAAACUGGCAGAACAGAUUUUCCAGGGGAUAAUACUCAUCUCAGCGACCAUUGGUUUCGUGUAUGGACUGAUCAUUGAACAGUUUGGGUGGACAGUGUACAUCGUUUUGGCAGGUUUUGUUAUAUCCUGUGUGUUGACCCUUCCACCAUGGCCGAUGUACAGACAGAAUCCUCUGUCCUGGCAGCCAGUUAUACCAGAGAGCAGUGCCGAGCCCAUCCAAAAACCACAGGAAAGUCUCAAGAAGAAGAAACACAAAUAACUCAAAGACUCCUCACAUGCUACGUUAUAACAUCCCUUUAUAUUGGAAUUAUUUAGAAUUUAGUUUCAUAGUCCACGAGAUGCAUUUGAGAAGAAACAUUGUUAAAAAUGACAUAAUUC